CUUAUCUGACACGUCAGUGUUGUUUUUGGGAGAGUGGCGCAAAGAGCAAAGAAUGAUGACAAACUGUCAAACGUGCAAAAAGAAGAAUUCGAAAGAACGAUAAAAACGAAAGAAAAUCUACCAAGGAAUUAAAUUUUUUUUAUAUAAAAUUAAUACAAAUUAAAAUAAUAAAAUAGAAAAUAAGUAAUUAAAAUCAACACGAAGAACUCAUCUUGCGUGGCAUACAAAUAAGCCAUUGUUGUAAUACUGCUGUUUGCUUUAGCUGGAUUAAAAUUUUAAGAAAACAAAAUAUAUUUAGCAAAAGAAAAAAACAAAUCAACAAAUUCAGAAAAUGAAAGGCUUUUGUAAUUUGCUGGGGGCCAACAUAUUGUUGUGUCUCAUCUGGGCGUGCACAGUGCAGUCGGUGGAGUUCACAUUUGAUUUAGCCGAUGGAGCUGAAGAUUGUUUCUUCGAGGAAAUUAAACGCAAUACCACCGCCUAUUUAGAAUUUCAGGUUUCCGCUGGUGGUCAAUUAGAUGUCGAUGUUAUGCUCAAGGAUCCCCAGGGACGCAUAAUCUACGAACAGCAAAAGGCCACCUUCGACAGUCACCAGUUUGUAGCCGAAACGACAGGUGUUUACACCGCCUGCUUUAGCAAUAAAUUCUCCACAUUUUCCCACAAAUUCGUUUAUGUUGACUUCCAAGUGGGAGAAGAACCCGCCUUGCCCGGUGUCGAUGAUCAUGCCACGGUGCUGACACAAAUGGAAACCUCUUCUCAGUCCAUACACAAAUCCUUAAACGAUAUCUUGGAUGCACAAACACAUCACCGCCUCCGUGAGGCUCAAGGCCGCAAAAGGGCCGAGGAAUUAAACGAACGUGUCAUGUGGUGGUCAUGUGCUGAAACUGCCGCCAUUUUAGUCAUUGGCAUUGGCCAGAUAUUAGUGCUACGUAAUUUCUUCUCAGAUCGUAAGCCCAGCCAGGCACGAUAUAACCGUUUGUAGAAGCAGUAGUUGCCGUAUGGAAAAAAUGUUCUAUAAUAAAAAUUUUUAUUUUAAAUUUUUUGUUCAUUUGUUAAAAAAAGAAUACCUCUUAACAAAUUGUUUGUAUUUUAGAAAAUACAUCCACUUAAUGUAUUUUAAAAAAAUUUCUCCUCUUUCAUGUUUCUCAUUGAAUCCUGCUAAACCUCAAUAAUUCCUCAAAUCAUUUAAUAAUUCCAAAAAAUUUGAUUUUUUUUCGUUUAGUUAAAAAAAUAAUCUUAAUAAACUUGAAAAACAAAUCUUCGA